UUCCCUACGAGUUUCACCUGUAAAAAACAAACGCCUCCGAGUCAUAUCCCCCAUUGCCGACCUGAAAAAUCGUUACGACUAACGAGGUGAAUACAAACAUUUUUCCCUUCCGUCCUCUCUCAUUCUCUGUAUGCCUUGUCGUUGUUCCCAAUCAGCUUCCCCUAGCUCAUUGCCCCGCGCUAUUUGUUCAUCCAGCGGAAGACAGGUGCCCCAGACUCACCUUUUCAUCUUAUCCUCUUGGCUUGACCAGCUUGAUUCUGAUUCUGGGACCGUUUGCGCGGCCAACUACAGGACGUGACACCACACAGGCUGGCCAUAUUUGGCUUAUACGAUCGUCAACAGCCACAUCUUUAGACAGUUUCCCCUUUUCCGUUCCCACGCUGAGAUCUUGAACGAACGGAGGCCAAACACCGCCGUCCAAGGCUCCACCUCUCUUUGCCGUUCCCUACCUUUCUGCCGCCUACCGAUACCCCGACGAUACAGCACUGCAUGGCGGAUAGUAAGAGCACACCUCAGGCCCUCUCCGUCGUGACUUCCUCCGACAAGGCACAAUCUGAGGUGACACAAAAUGGUGUCAACUACCAUGAUGAUGAUGACCUGAGCUCGCCCAGGUCUCCCACCUCUCCAGGCUCUCCAGGAGCUUCUCCCGCCUCUAAGAACGCCAAGAAGAACGCCAAGAAGAGGGAAAAGGAGAAGGCGAAGAAGGCCGCUGCUAGGGCCCUGGCGCUGGCUGAGGCCGAAUCUCAGCCCGUAACAGAGUCUGAGGCUGCCCAUGACGAGCAUGAGGAUAGCGGCGCCCCGAACGACGCUGAAAAGAAAAAGAAAAAGAAGAAGAAGAAGUCCAAGUCCAAGACCAGCAAGGACCUCUCGACAUCUAUCGCUUCCAUCCUUGGAGAGCAGCCUGCGCAAACAGAGACUGCUGAGCAGACAUCAGAGAUCAAGCCCGCCGUUGAGGAGCAGCCAGAGCAGCAACUCGAGGAAGUCAGCCAACCAAGUGAGCCCGCGCCGGAGCCUGAGACCGUGGAAGUUAAGGAGGCCGAGCAGCCCGUUGCCGACGCCCAGGUCGAAGAGUCCAAGCCCGAGGAAGCCCCUGCGCCAGGAUCGACUGAACAGACACCGGCGAUGACAACCGAGGAGGCUCCUACGGCCGUCACUGAACCCGUGAGUACCGAGGAGCAAGUUCCUGCCCAGCCUGAGGAAGAAACCGCCACCGCCACCACCACAUCCUCCCAGGAUGAAUCCGCUCCGACAUACGCCGAGGUUGCUGAGCUGAAGGAGGGAGACUCGCCUGCUUCCGAGGUUGUUGUACCUGAGGCUACUGAGGUCACCCCCGAGCCCGCCUCCGGAGUCGUUCUCGAAACCGACGAGGUCCGUGAAAGCGCCGAACCAGUCGAUACCGAGGUCCAGAUUGUCGAGGAGACGAAAGCCUCAGAAGUUGACAACACACCAGUUGAGAGUGUUGCGGCUCCUGAAGUCAAGGCUGAGGUUGAGGAUGACGUCAAGGUCCCUGAGGUCCCCGCCCAAGGCAAGGGUGGUCUCUCUCACAUUUUCUUCCAUCUUCCCGAGACGACAGAAGAGGUGAAGGAUACUGCUAUUCUUGUUUCUGGAGAGACCCAGGCUUCUGUCGAAGAGACUGAUAUCGAGGAGGAGAAGACCGAAACUCGUGUUGUUGAGGAGGCUGAGACCCCUGCUCACGAAGAGAAGGCUGAGGCCCCCGUUGUCGAGGAAGUUGAGGCUUCUGCUCCCGAAGAGUCCAACAUCGAGGAGAAGACCGAAACUCCUGUUGUUGAGGAGGCUGAGACCCCUGCUCACGAAGAGAAGGCUGAGGCCCCCGUUGCCGAGGCAAUUGAGGCUCCUGCUUCUGAGGAGACUGUCGAGACAUCUGCUCCCGAAACCAAGACUGAAUCUCAGGAGGAGAAGCCUGAAACUACCGCCAAGGAAGAGGAACCCGUGGCUUCCGUCACUGAGACCCCUGUUGAGCAGGGUACUGAGGUGCAGGAGAAGGUCGAGGCCCCUGCUGCCGAGGAAAAGAUUGAGGUUUCCGAAGAGAAGCCCGAGACGCCCGUUGCUCAGGAGGAAAUCAAGGCUAAGAUCGAGGAGUUCGUCGAAAGCGAGAAGCCUGUCGAAGCGGAGGAAGAGAACAAGCAGGAGGACGUUGAGAAGUCCCCUGAGCCUGCCGCUGCCGAGAAGCCUGUUUCUGAAGAUGUCACUCUUCCCGAGGGUGUUUCCGAAGUCUCCGCUGUCGAGGAGUCUAAGACCGCUGAGGCUGAGCAAACCCCCAUCGUCGAGGCAGUCGAGGCUGCUGAGGAGCCCAAGACUGUCGAAGAGGCUCAAACCGUUGAGACCUCCGCUGCUGAGGAGACUUUUGCUGUUGAGGAGACCUCCGCUGCUGAGGAGGUCAAGGUUUCUGAGCAGGCUCCUGCUGUUGAGGAGUCCAAGCCCGUCGAGGAGACCCCGAUCGUUGAGGAGGUCGAGGUUUCCGAGCAGGCCCCUGCUGUUGAGGAGUCCAAGCCCGUCGAGGAGACCCCGAUCGUUGAGGAGGUCAAGACUGUUGAGGAGCCUCAGGCCCUUGAAGAGACCCCCGCUGCUGAGGAGGUCGAGGUUUCCGAGCAGGCCCCUGCUGUUGAGGAGUCCAAGCCCGUCGAGGAGGUCAAGACUGUUGAGGAGCCUCAGGCCCUUGAAGAGACCGCCGCUGUCGAGACCUCCGACGUUGAAGAGGCUCCUGUUGUCGAGAAGACCCCCGCUACCGAGGCGCCCAAGGCUGUUGAAGAAUCCGAGCCCGUCGAGCAGACCCCAAUCGUUGAAGAGGUCAAGCCCGAGCAACAGGAAGUUGCUACUGAAGCCGCGAAGGGAGAGCCUGUUCAAGAGACUGCAGCCGAGCCUUCCAUCGAAAGCGCCACCGAGACUGCCACUGCCGCUGUUCCUGAGACGGCCCCUGAACCCGCCGUUGAGGAUAUCGAGCUGGCUAUCACCGAAUCCGCCACUAAGAGCGUCGCCGAUGCUGCUGAGGCUGUGGAGACUGUGGCUGAGCCGGACUCCCAGGUUGUCGAAUCUACUCCCGAACUCAAGGCUACCGAUAUCGCCCAGGUGGAGGCGUCUGAGCCCGUCACUGCCAAGGCUGAGGAUCACGACGAGAAGCCAAUUUCAGUUGAGGAGACUGUUGGUGAGUCAAAGGCAGUUUUGCCGGUUGAUGAGUCGAUUGAGGACAAAAUCCAAGACACAGUUGCUGCGCCCGUGCAUGAUGAUGUCAAGGAGGUGGUUGUCGAGGAGCAGACUACAGGUGAGGACAAGACUGCCAUUAAAGGGGAAUCUACCAAUGACAGCGUUCAAGUGCCCACGGACGCCAUCAGCCAUGAGAAACCUGCUAGCGUUCAACAGGCUGUCGAGGAAGCUCCGGUGGCGGAGACUGAAGAGGAAGCUACCGACAAGCCCGGGUCCUCUCUCAGCGAGACGUCCGUCACAAAGGAUGUCGAGGAACCCGAGAAGAAGGACACCGACGAGAGCAAGUCCAAUGCCACGGAGAUGGCCGUCGGCGCAGGCAUUGCUGUUGCUGGUGCUCUGGGAGCCGCCGCUGCUGCGGUUGCCGACAAGGUCACCGAAGUCUCCAAGCCCGUCACGGAAAAGGUCGUUGAAGUCACCAAGCCCAUCAUUUCGGAUUCUGCACCAAAGAUCGCCACGCUCGAGCGUUCCGUAGCUCACAGUCAAACUGAGGCUGGCUCACUCAUUGCCGAGCGCCCCAGGCCCGAGUCCAAUCCCCAGGCAGUCACUGAAGAUGUCAAGUCGACUUCAUCAGUAGAUGCUGAAGCACCCGAGAUCGUUGAUGAGACGGUGCCGCUCUCCGAAUCCUUUCACAUUGUGGAGAAGGAAGCACCAGCUGAAGAAGAAGCUGCAAAAAUUGAUGGAAAGAAGGGAGCUUCUUCUGAAGAUGGCUCCCAACAGAAGACAGGACAACCAACCAGGUCUCGGUGGACCAGCGUGUACCCACAUCUGCUGUCGUUCUCCCUGAUCUUGACCAUCCUGUGGCUCAGGAAGUGAGCCGCGCCCGCAAUGAGCCGGGGCCGGACAGGAACACCAUUAAGCAAGCAGAGGAGAUGGUCGCAGCAGCAGUAGUCAUCUACGCCACAGCCGAUUCUUCAAGCCCAGCUGCCACUGCCACAGCUGACAAGUCGGAAAUUAACGCCCUUGGUCUCUCAGGAGUGCCGUCCGAGGCGGAUGUGAAAGGAAAGGGGAAGGAUGUCGAGCCUCCAUCACCCACCGCCAGCAAGAAGGACGCCCACAUCAAGAACGUUGAGACCGCAUCGGACCCGACCAUUGUUCAACAGGGAUCCUCUUCACCGGAGCUUGGGCGGUCUAGCACAACAAGACUGCGGAGAUCACUCAAAUCGAGGGAAUCCCAGGAAGCAAGCAACAAGGAGAUCAAGGGCACGGAGCGCGGACACGGCAAGAAGAGCUCGAUCUCAUCCGUCUUCAAGUCCAAGAAGCAAUCAUCCACUGCAUCGGACGAGUCUGUGGAAGCUGUGUCCCCCACUUCCUCGGCUGGCGGUACGGACCCUUCGUCACCGACACAGGCCGCCGCUCACCGCCAAAAGAGGGAAGAGCGAAGGAAAGAUGCAAAGGAAGGCAAGAAAACUGGCUUUAGGGCUGCCAUCAGGCGCUUCUUUGGCAGCAGUUAAAGGCCUGACACUUGGUCUUGUUACUUUUUUUCGGAUUCAGGGGGUGGCUGCUAUGGUUUAAUAAUCGGCAUGUUGGUUUGAUGAUAAUGAUGAGGCGAACAUCUACCUCUGCUUAGUGUUUAAUGAUGAACGGGGGCGGGAGCGGUGGUGAUGGUGAAGAUCCCACGUGCUAUACGAAGACUUUGAACAGCAAAGAAGAACAAGAAGAAGAAAGAACGAGGAACGAUAGUUGUGUAUGUUAUGGCUACUGUAUUUGUCAUUUCGGUUACCGGUUUUCUUUUUUUUUCCAGAACACCCGUAAGGGUUGUUACAUCAUGAGUUUACGAAUUGAUUUGUGGGUUUUCCCUCUUCUCAAA